AUGCCGUUCAUUGGAACUCGGCAUGUUUACAGACACCAAGGGAUGUGCCGCCGGCUUUUCAGCGUUAUUGAAUCGGCUUUCCAACAACUCAAAGUCAAAUUACUUGUUAUCCCUGCAACGGCUGACUUUAUCCAUGUUUGGUUAUCCAAAUUCGGUUUUCAUCGCGCCGAUGAUUCUCUGAAGAAAGAAAUCCGGUCCAUGAAUCUACUAGCCUUUCCCGGCAUUGAUGUCUUACACAAGGAGCUUUUAGCACCCGAGUCUGCUUCUGACACAGCAAUGGAAAAGCACAUGGACUGCAAAACUUCCUUUAAUCCUUUUGAUGAGGUGAAAGAAGAAGAAGAAGGUCAUUUGAUGGAGUCUCCUCCUCAACGAAACAGCAGCGAGAUGGCUUUCUUAGAUCACAUUAUCCGCUCUCCGGUGGACACUGGUGAAACGGCAAAGGGAGUUGUGUAUGGUUCAGGCGAUGAUGACUGUCCGGCAACGGCAAGGCAAUGA